AUGGCGACAGCUUCUGCACGGCGGAAGCACAGCAAGGCAUGGGCAGGCAAGCGCAACCUUGUGAAAGUCCUGCGCAAGACGUGGCGUGGUUGUCUGCAGCUGCAUCAUCGUGCCGACGGCGGUACCCAACUGUUGAGAAUGCGGGAUUUGGCACAGGCAUCUGGUUUCUUCCGGGAAUGCCCAGGUUUGCACGAAGAUGAGGAUGGCACCAUGAGCCCCGCCACAUCAGUGUCUGAUGUUUGCUUGCUGAUACCCACCUCUGCGCGACUAAGCCGGGGGGCUCGAUCGCUGCUGCCGGAUGUGCUUCUGUGGCUUGUGGGCGCCGCUCACUUGCCCUUGGGGGUAGCUACAGUUUUCGUCGACCAAGAUUUGCGCCCAGUUGCCCUGAGAUCGCUUUCGCGUGCGAGAGCUCGCCGCUCCCAGUACGAUGCCGUCAUUGCGGUUCGGUUGUUGGCGCUGAGCCGCUAUCUACUUUGUGAAAGGCUGCAUGCUGCUGUAGAGAGAUGGCUGUGGCGAAGCGGUGUGGUGGGAAGACAGGCCUUUGCAUCCCAACUGCUCGACGGUGAUGCCAAGGAGGGCUUCAGCUUGGGCGAUGCAUGUGCGAGCUUCAAGACCCUAGGAGCACGCAGGGGCCUUGCACGAGGUUUGGCAGAGCUUGCCGGGGACUUGCAGAACAUUUCAGAGGCUGCUACUCUCCUUACAGACGACUGCGCGAUCGUGCGGGAGCAUGUGCUCCGAGCCUUGUGCAAAGCGACCUCUGAGGCUGCGAGUGCCUGUGCGCAGGCCAUUGCGGGGUGCUUGCAAGACGAGUCCGCUGAGGUUUCUGGGCAGGCUGCCAUGACUUUGUGCCACCUGGCUGCCCAAAGUGGCAGCAAGCUUCAGGCGCAAGAAGUGGCCAAGCUCGUUGCUCCCUUGCUUGCCAACUCUGAUCCGCACAUCGUCGAGGCAGCCUCGGAAGGGAUGGCAAAGCUGGGUACCUGUGCAGCUCCCUUCGCAGUGCGCUGUCUGGAGGCAGACAGCAAGCUGGAACGCCAUGCGGGUGUCUGCAUCUUGGAGGGCUUGGGAUCCCAAAGAGGUGGCGGCGAAGCUGUCGAAGCUGCACUCGGACUGCUCCAGCAUCGAAGCCCGGAGGUGCGGCGUGCCGCCCUGCGGGUCCUGGAAAGGCUUUCGAAGCUUUCGAGCAAAGAUGGCGUGGGCAGAAUCGGCGCAGUGGCCCUCACUCCAACUGCCGUGGAAAGAAUCGGCGCAGCUCUAGAUGAUGAAAGCGGUCGAGUUCGUGGAGUCGCAGCACUUGCCUUGGCCAAUUUGGGCUCCGAGGCUGUCGAGCCUUUUGCAGGCCAUCUCGUCAUGACGCUCAGAGGAGGUGUCUCUGGUGAGGUUGAUGCUGCCGAGCUCAGGGAAGUCCUAGAAGCCCUGACCCGGCUGGGCCGAGAUGCGCGCUGGGCUGCGCAGGCUGUCGCUGACCUCUUCCUGAUCAGUGCCUGGAGCGUCCGGCGCUCUGCUGCAAUCGCCUAUGGGCAGAUCUGUGGAGACACUGCAGAGGCACCGAAAGGCGAGGGCCAAACCAGAACGGACUCAGAGGCCGAGGAUGGGGCAGUGGGAGCUGGCGCCGGUGCUGACACUGUCCGAACAGCUGCUGCGCGACUGGCGAAGAUGCUGGAGGACGAGAUCCCAGAUGUCGCCGAAGGGGCCGCCAAGGCGCUUGGACGGCUGGGCUUUCAGGGCGCAUGCUGCGCGCGGCAGCUUGCUUCAUGUCUGGACGAUCAAGACGACCAUCUUGCCAGAGCAUGCCUCGACUCCUUGCUGAGUCUCCUGAGAGCUUCAUGUGGUGCAACCCAAGAAGCUGCGGCAGCAGGACUGGGAUCCUGCUUUGAGAAAGGAGGGAAGGCGCCAGUGGAAGCCCGUGAGCGCCUGGCUGCAGCUCUGGUCACUGCUGCUCAAAGUGACGACAGGAGUGUUCGCGAAGAGUCCGUUCGGGCUUUGGGACACCUGGGGAGCGCUGCAAGCUGCGAGCAGACGGGUCGUGGGUGUCGCAGGCCCAUGUCACGUCUUCAAUGUCGCAUCUUCGAGACUGUCAUUGACGGCCUCGAGGAUGUCUCGGUCGCUGUGCAGCGAGCAGCCAUGGAUGCCCUAGGAGUCCUCCGACUGCCGAGACAGGCCGGGCAGCAACGGGAGGCAGUGCUCCGAUCGCUCCUGGGCGGCCCCUCGAAAAGCUUGCGCCUCCAUGCGAUGGCCGCGCUGGCCCGAUGCCAGGCAGACCAGAUGACGAAUCUUGAGCCUGCAGAAGACCUGACGCGCUUUGCAAAGAAGCGCAGGAGACCAUGCAGCCAGCAAAAAGAGCACCACUGA